AUGAAAACAAAUCUCCAUGAUAUAACAAAGAAAGCACUUUGGAAUGUUUCUACAACGAAAGGUGGAUAUGAAAUCAGUGCAAUGUUCGAUGGAAGCAACGAAACAUUUUGGCAAUCAGACUCUGUUCCACCUCAUUACAUAAUUGCUCAGUUUUCAAAGAAAACAUAUAUAUCUAAACUUUCUAUGUAUAUAUCAAUUCAAAAUGAUGAAACUUAUACACCAGUUGAAGUUGCUUGUUAUAUAGGUUCUGAUCCAAACUUGAUGCAACAGUACAGUCGCGAAGAAUUAAGCAUUUUACAAGGAUGGGUUGAUAUUCCACUUGGUAUCUCUACAAUUUUCCUUAAAAUAGAAAUAACUAAAAAUCAUCAAGGCGGUAAAGAUUCAAGAAUACGUCAAAUCAAACUAUGGGGACUUCCUCAAUCUCUUACAUUUGAUACAUCAUGCUUUGUCACUUCAAAUGCUACUCAAUUCUUAACAAUUCGUUAA